AUGACGAAGAUGAAGAUGCGCAUGAUGAUGAAGAUUCUGUUUGUAAAGACAUCCAGAAGAGUCUUAUAUAUUCUUCUCUUCACCCCUAUAACCUCCUCGCUCUCCUCGUUGUCGUCCUGUGCCACUCUUGAAGCCCUCAGUAGUGCCGCCAGCUCCUCGUCCAGGCUUGUAGAGACGCACCAUCAAGAGGAACAAGAGGGGAAGGAACGGCAGGACACAGCGGACGGACUAGAACACUCUUAUCGCCACAGCUCGGCCACUUAUCCCCCCGAAACUCGACCUCUUCCGACCACACCACUUAUCUCCCCAACUCGGCCCCUUCCAACCGGCAAGAUUGAUUCCCCAACGAGCGACAAGGGCCUGGGGGUGGAGGCGACGCCCACCAAGAAGAACAGAUGCCGAACUUGCCUCCGCUUCCACCUCACCGCCUUCUUCACCCUGGUGGCGUGCUUCAGCUCCUUCGCCUUCCUCUUCCUCGUGCCCUUCAUCAUCGACCCGGCCUUCUCCACCAUCUUCGCGGACUUCGACAAUGAGCCGCGGAUGUGCGUCACCAAGGAGUCAGUGUCUCUGCACGGCGCCAGUAACUGCUCGUGGUCUUCGUGUCGCGAGGGCUGCACCAAUGAGAUCUUCGAGUGCCUUCACAUCUACGUCAACUACAGGCACGACCCGGAUGGACUCAAGAACGGGAUGAAUUUCUCGCAAGCGGAGGACAUCGACUUAGAAGCGUGGGAUGUGUACGAUGCAAGGCUCUACCCGAACGUGAAGGGCUGCGGCUACCCACCCAACGUCAACUGCACUACGUUCGCCGCUAACUACAGCACAGUUGGGAGGACCUACCCUUGCUACUACUCCAAGAAGAUCCCCACCAUGGUUCUCAACGCUCUGGAUAUCCCGGGGGUGAAGAGGGACCUGGUGUAUGCCAUCGUAAUACCCUGGGGCUGCUUCUUCGUGUCCAUUCUCUACAUCAUGGUGACGUACGCGGGAAUGAGAGGCCCCGACGAGGAGGACGACAAGGCGCAGGAGGUGAGCUCGAGCAAGGCGUCCAAGGAAGCAUCAAACUAUUCGCUGCGCUCCAUCGGCAAGACCAUCAACCACGGCAUGAAUAAGCUGAGAGGGGAGCCUGAUGAUAAGGGGCGGGACGGAGGAGGAGGAGAAGUAGGAGGAGGAGAAGGAGGGGGAGUAGGACUAGGAGGUGGAGGAUUAGGAGGAGGAGGAGGGCAGAAGUGGCAGCAUCAGCAGCAGCAGUCUCCCACUUCCUCCUCCCCGCUAGAGCCCCACUUGCUCCUAGCCCCCGCCUCCCUGCCCGAGGUGCUGUGUGCCAAGAGGACAGCUCUCCCUCCCCUGGAAAGGACCCCCCCUCUCCCCCGACCGGCAAGAGACCCUAUUGAAACAUCCUUCCAAGAGGCUGAGCUGCGCGACCACCGGCAUCUGCAGCAGCGGGGCGGGGAGUGACAGCGGGCGGCGGGGCUGAGGGCGGGGCUGCAGCGGGGCAUCAGGGGGCUCAAACAGGGGCUGGAGGGGCUGAGGGAGGCGCGUCAUCGGAGGAGGAACAAAUAGCACAGGUUGAUGAGCUUCUUCAGGAGGGAAGCUUGGGUCUGAUGCUCUGAUGAUCCUUUUUUUUUUUUUAUACCAUUGUGAUUAUUUUGUUAUUCUGUUACUGGACAAAUUUUUUAUUACUGUUUUCUUUAUAUAGUGUUCAGAUACUACAUUCUCUCCAUAUGUUGUGUUCAAAUAGCACACGUUAAUCGGCUUCUUCAUGAGGGAAGCUUGAUCUGAUGCUCUGAUGUUCCUUUGUGCUUAUCUUUAGUGACUCUUUAUUACCGGAUUCAUUUUUUUUUUAUUACUUUUCUCAGUUUAUAGUGUUCAAAUAGUACAUUUUCUCCAUAUGUUGUGUUCAAAUAGCACACGUUAAUCGGCUUCUUCAUGAGGGAAGCUCGAUUUGAUGCUCUAAUGGUCCUUUUGUGCUUAUUUUUAGUGAUUUUCUUUUACUGGAUCCAUUUUUUUUACUACCGUUUUCUCUAGACUAUAUAUAUUGUGUUCAAAUAGCACAGGUUGAUGAGCUUCAUGAGGGAAGCUCGAUCUGAUACUCUGAUGAUGCUUUGUGCUUAUCUUUAGUGACUAUUUGUGUGCUCAUUUUUCAUCACUGCUUUCCUUAUACAGGGUGACGGGAAAUUAAGUUAACGCUAUUAUGACAGGAAGUGAAAAAUGGUUAAUAUAUUUUUUUUUUUGACUCACUCUGUUUAUUGAGUUUUUGUCUUCAUGUUUGAGUAUUCUUCUCUUCAUUUAUUUAUUUAUUCAUCUUUUUUGUGUACCUUUUUUUUGUGUGUGUUUAUAAAUUAUUUUCUUUUUCUUUUUUUUUAUCUC